AUGGGCGGGCCGCAAGUGUUCCUCCGAUUCCAGUGGAUUUGGGAUGUCAAUAUCAAAGGGCUAGCCGGCUGGACCCGCUCACUAUGCCAAGUAAUUCCACUCCACUCUUCUGAACAUGGCGCCGAGGAUUCACAAGUUUGUUUUGCAGAUCAAUCCGAAACGACUUCGGCCUCCUUAGAUGAAUCCAAACCACAUUCACCAAUAUCGGUCUCUUCAAAUCAAGUGCCCAAAGCUCCAGCAAGAUGGAAGCCGGCCGACCAACUGAAUAUGACCGAAAUGCGCGCCAUCCUCUCGGAACAUGGUGUUCCGGUUGACGAUUCCCUUCGUCGAAUCCCCUUGAUGAACGUCUACAACGAAUUUAUUUCUACCAACACAAAUGAGAAGGGCCCGUUAGCAACAGUGAUGGAUCGCGCUUACUUGAAGAAAUUUUUAACAGAUGCUGGGAUUCCAUUUAACCCAAAAGCUCAUCGAAAAACGUUACUCAAGCUGUACCAAAGUCACCUCGUUUCAGUACAAGCCAGCAAUUCGGAAAUCUCAAACUCUCAAUUGCAAAAUAGUGCCACCGGCCAGCCCGGUACCUCUUCAGCUUCUCAAACUCUGCCCGCCUCGAACAACAUUCAAAAAAGUCUGCCCGCUUUGAACAACCCACAAUCAACUCUGCCUACCCCGAACAAUCAAGCCGCUCAACCCUCUAUCUCCAACAACCCGCCAAGCCUUGAAACCCACAAGUUGGCUGAACCCAACAACCGCCCAAACAACCCCUCUACCACCCGCACCACCACCAUCUCUUCAAAUACGUCAUAUCACACCGGUGACGUUAAAAGAGCAUGUGAAGACGAUGUCGCCAAACCUAGGUCUAAAUCCGAUUUGGCAAGUCUCAGCAGCGAGCGCCUUCAGCAGUUGUUGAAAACAGCAGGAAUCAAGCAUCGAGCCAAUGCACGUCACGCUACAUUGGUCACCCUUUACCACGGCCACCUCAUCAAAGCCAAUGUAAAGACAACCACCAACUCAGCACCCCUGGCAACUGUAAAUAAGCGCCUACGAACAAAAGCUAGUUGCCCCUCAGAUUCUGCUCACAUCGAUCAUCACAUCGAUCAUCCCAACCUACCAGCCCCAGCGCCCUUGUCCACCCACAUCGCUUCUCGUUCAGAGGUCACAGCCACAUUCCCCCCCGCCAUUGAUUCCAAUCCAAUCCUGCCCGUCGCAGCAACCUUAGCGGCCAAUAACGUGGCUGUCCCAUGUGGCCCCUGCUCGUCCCCCUCAAUCCUAUCAGCUCAGAUUAAUACCAUCGCACAAGGCCCAGCUCCCCCUAUUCCGUCGGACCCAAUCCAGUAUGUUCAAAUUGCCGAUACUCGAUCAGCCCACGUGGUUUCCAUCGCGACAGGCCCCGAGAUACCCUUAAAACCUGCUUCCGUCCCCGCCACUUCAAUUGUUGUGUUGGCUUCAAAUCUCCCGCCCCCCACUCAGACUACUCACUCGACCAGUACAAAUGCAAACCCUUCGAGUAACGCUACUCAUAUCACGGAUACUGAGAACCCAGCAUCUGGCCUGCACACACCCAGCAUUCAAAGUAGCAAAGUCAAACGAAAACGUCCAAAAGGCACCUGGCCAAGACCUGCAAACAUGUCUGGCCCCGAGAUCCAAGAAAUACUGACCGAACAUCAAGUACCUUUUGACCGUGAAGACGAGAAGAUCAUGCUCGCAAGAAUAUAUCGGUCUUUUAUUGAAAGUACAACCGCCGAGCCACAACUCCCAUGUCAAAAACGGCUAAAUACUACUGAAGUUGAACCUAAACGCCACAGCCGACGCAAGAGAUCCAAGAAAGGCGUUGAUCAGGCAGGAGAUCCCGAGCUCAACUUUGUUCCCAAAAUUCCUCCAGUAUCCCAGCGUAAUCACCAAGCCGACAUUCAACCAGCAGAAUCUCUUUUGCCCGUCCCAAUUGUCCCCCAAGACCUCUGCAGUGGUGCCCUUCCGGAUAAUCAAAAAGAACCAUCUGAUUCUUCUCCUCUCAUACUCCCAUCAAGCCGGGCAGAUCAUCCCUCCGCUGAACCAAAAGUAGCCAUCCCUCCUACCCCUAAUGUCGAGCCAUUGGACCCAGAGCUGUCUGCCACAAAUCACCCGGCAAGAUUUGAACGAUCAUCUUCCCGCAAUCAGGUACAGAAGAAAGUUGACAAGCGCAAGCGUGAAUCUGCUGGUAGCCCUCAGUCAAAGCUGAGCUCAAAGAAGAAGCGAAUAAAUCAUAUGAUCUCUCCGCCCAAACCCCUACCACGCCAUAAAAAAUCCCGGAGACCCGCUCGCAGACCUUCUAAUCCAGCCCCGUUACCUGUCAUUGUUACACAUCACAAUCCCCAGCAUCGCAAGUCACCACCGCCUCUUGUUGCCAGCUCGGCAAGCCUACGGCUAUCACCUCAACCAGCAGCCUCAUCCAGUCUCAGCGCCACUACCAAACAUGUUACGACGACUGAACAAGAGUUGAGCAAACACAAACGGAAACAUGCACAAGAUGAGUGGCCAAGGCCAUCAACACUCUCUCCAGAUGAGAUUCAAGAGAUUUUGAUUAGAUAUUGUGUCAACUUCAAUCCAGACAAUGACAUAAUUACGCUGUCCAGAUUAUACCGCUCCUUAAUGAAAAGUCACGAGCUUUCUCCAUUUGGUAAACAACCCGCUCAAGCCACGACACAAUCAACCGGUCAUUUCACCCACACGGAAAGAUCUCAGGAUACUGUCAAUACCUCUGCCUUUCAUGCCCCUGCCCGUUCUGUUGCAAUUGAGCAUGCCAACCUUGCCCUGCAUCCCUCUGCGUCAACGUCCAUUUCAACCUCUGCAAAUAACGCAAAAUCCGACAAAGAAGAUGAUACACAACACCGAGAUUCCUCAGUGCCUAACGGUAAUGUGACUGACAAUCAAACCUCCAACAGCUCCACCCACAUUCACAAGGAUCCUUCUAUUGAAACUCAGGAGGAAACGAAACCUUACAAGGCCAGCAACGUGGUUUUAUCCACUUCUGACAUUGAGGACAAUGACUCAGACCCCGAACAUGAAUCCCACGAUCCGGCACGUGGCAUAGACAACAACGUAGCAACUGACAACAAUGAUGAUCUUGAACGCGAUGGCCACGCUAAUCUACCACCUGAAGAUGAAGACAAUCCCAAGUAUCUUCCCGAUGGCCACGCUACUGAAGAUGAUGGUACCCUUGAAUAUUUACCAGAUGAUUACACUGAUGCCAACGCCGAAGAUGAUGACGAGCUUGAGUAUCUUCCCAAUGACCACCCUGAUGUAGCUCAAGAUGACGAUGAUCUCGAAUAUCUUCCCAAUGACAACACUGCUGUACAACCUGAAGACCACAGCAAUCUUGAGGGCAAUGCUGAUGUACGACCUGGAGAUGACGACGAUGCUGAGUAUCUUCCCAAUGAGCACACUGAUGUACGACCUGAAGACAAAGAAAAUCCUGAGUACUUUCCUGAUGACGAUGCUGCUGCACAACCUGAAGACCACAACGGUCUCGAGUCUCUUCCCGAUGGCCACGCUACUGAAGAUGAUGGUACCCUUGAAUAUUUACCAGAUGAUUACACUGAUGCCAACGCCGAAGAUGAUGACAAGCUUGAGUAUCUUCCCAAUGACCACCCUGAUGCAGCUCAAGAUGACGACGAUCUCAAAUAUCUUCCCGAUGACAACACUGCUGUACAACCUGAAGACCACAGCGAUCUUGAGGGCAAUGCUUAUGUACGACCUGGAGAUGACGACAAUGCCAAGUAUCUUCCCGAUGAACACACUGAUGUACUACCUGAAGACGAUGAUGCCAAUGCCGAAGAUGACAACGAGCUUGAGUAUCUUCCCGAUGAACACCCUGAUGUAGCUCAAGAUGACGAUGAUCUUGAAUAUUUUCCUGAUGAACAACCUGAAGACCACGGCGAUCUUGAGGGAAAUGCUGAUGUACGACCUGAAGAUGACGACGAAGACAUCCAGUCUUCAAGCCGUUUCAACGUUGAGCAAAUGAAGGCCCGCUUGAAACAACAUCAAGUAACCUAUAAAACUCAGGAUAACAGAGCACGCAUUGUCGAGUUGUAUGAUGCCAUGAGAACUCGUCUAAUAACCAUUGCAUGUCACAAACAGCGCCACGAUUCCGAACAAAGGUGCAAAACUGCUGAACCAACCAGUAAAUUGGCCGAACAACAAACUAACAAACCUAAAAACACUAACAAGUCUCAACAUGGCCUCAAGUCUAAACCAACAAAGCUCAAACAACGAUCACGCGCACGCAAGAACCAUCACACUCAUCCAGAUAAGAACCCCUCACCUCCAACCUCACCCCCUCUACUAUUCUCCGAAAGAGUAGUCCCAGGCACUCCUGAUUCCAGCCGCUCAUCCAUGCAAUCUAUUGUUUAUAACUAUCCUGAAAAUCCUGGUCUACGAUCUUCCCCAAUUCAAUCACCCCCUCAAGACAUGUCUAUCGACAAAGAUUCCACCGCGCAUGAUGAAUAUCUCGACAAUGAACCAUCCAAUUUAUUUAGAUGGCAAACUUCAGAACCUUUGGAUAAUCGUGAGGCAGAUCAAGGUAGUUCAAAAAUGUUCAAUCUUAUCCAAUCUUACGUCCGCCAGUCCUCAGAAUUUGGCAACAAGAUAAUCAAUCGGAUGGAUGGAAUGAUUGAGACUAUGCAAGAUUUAAGUAUAUCAAUGCAGGCCUCUUCCAGUGGUGCUCUUUCAACAACACUUCACAAUGGCAAAGGCAAAUCAAAAGCUACUACCGACACCGAAACACCGCAAGGCGGGGAAUUUCCUCGCUUGAUCCGACAACACAUCGCUACUCUCCUAGGGUCGAAAAGCAAGAAGCUCCCUCAUCACGACGAUGACACGCGAAUGGACAUCGAUGAACUUUCAGAUGAUGCCGAGAUCAGUGAUCCAGACUAUCCAUAUCCUGACGGGCCAGGUGGCCCAGCUGCUGGGCCGCAAACCCUGUCUAUUAUGCGGAGAAUGAUGAACGAAGCCGGCGUUCGCUCCUUCCGCCCUGAUUUCACACAACCCAUUGACAGCCCUGAUAACGAGCACUUACUCGACCUCGCCGUUAAGAUUUUCAUGGAGCUGGUGAGAUGCAAGGAAUACACGGGAGUUGACCCUGAAAUUUUGAAGGAAGAAACAAUUCGAAAUGCUAUUUACGUCCAUGUUACUCAGCGACUGAGGAGAAGAUAUCGAGAAGAAAACAAGUGGACGGAAGAUCAACAAGCGACUGCUGCGAAAGAUAAUAGACGUCAUUCACGAUUGGUAAACCUCUGA